UUUUCUCUCCUCCAAGAACCGAACUUUUUCUCGGCAGCCGACUUUCACUUAACACAAAUCGUAUCUCAAUCUCAGUCGAAUCGGGAAAACCAACCAUUUACACACCUUUUUGCUGUCCAUUUCUCUUCCACCAAACCAAUAACCAGACCCAGAGAAAAGAUGGCCAGCAAAUCCGAGGGUAAGGAACCUGUGAACGAACAAGUGGUUGCGAAUAUGUACGGAGCUAUGAGAUCCGAACUAAAUCAAAUUUAUUCUAAGAUCACUGAGUUGGAGAUGGAAGUGAGCGAGCAUUCGCUAGUUAUAAAUGCCAUUCAGCCACUUGACCAGUCGAGGCGGUGCUACCGGAUGAUUGGAGGUGUCCUGGUUGAGAGAACCAUCAAAGAGGUUCUCCCUGCCGUGCAACGAAACAAAGAAGGGCUUGAGGAAGUAAUUGCUCGUCUUAACGAGACCCUGGAGAAGAAAAAGAAGGAAAUUGCUGAUUUCGAGACAAAAUACAAAAUUAGGAUCAAAAAGUCCGAUAAUGACUCGAAAGAUGAAAGCAACAAGAAGGAAGGCUCCGCUCAAGGAGUCCUUGUCGGCCCUGCAAGUUCGAGUCAGUAAUAGGUAUAUUCCUUCCUAUUUCCUUCCUUAUAUGCUCGAACUUGCUUUUUAUAAACCCUAAAUCAUACCAUUGUAGAACUUUGUUCAGUUAUUGCUAAGAUUUUAUCAGGUUUUAGAGAA